AUGCAACCUUUCUGGCAAAGUCAGUUUAGACAAGUAGCCCUCAAUCUUCUCUCGUCGCCUCAGCGGAUUUCGCCAAAACAAGGUUCAAAGCUUGAUCACAACAAGUAUCGGUCAACGCAGACUUUGCUUAUAAUCGUUGCCCAAUUUAGAGGAAAGCGUACUGAAGAACUCCACAAGGUCCCUCUCCAUCGUCAGAAAAUGUGUUCCCCUGCUUUCGCUGCACGAAACUCUUCUCGUCGAGUUCUGCCUUGGAACAGCACCAGGCCAUUCACUCCACUGACAAGCAGUUUGAAUGUAAGCAGUGCGGUAAAACAUUCAAGAGGUAAGCUACCUUCUUUAGUAAUCUGUCAGCUCAUAAAUCACCGUUUGAGAUCCUCCACCCUUUCGACGCACCUGCUCAUCCACUCUGACACCCGUCCUUACCCUUGCGAGUACUGCGGGAAACGCUUUCAUCAAAAAAGCGACAUGAAGAAGCACACUUACAUUCAUACAGGCGAGAAACCUCACAAGUGCACAGUUUGCGGAAAGGCGUUCAGUCAGUCGUCGAAUCUAAUUACGCACACAAGGAAACACACUGGAUUUAAGGUUCGUGGCACAUGA